CGUCUCCUCCCUCCUCUCCCUGUCGCUCCCGCUAUCGAUCAACCUCCGCCUCUCCGACGCCAUCAAAUCCGCCAUCGCCUCCACCCCUUCCCCUCUCCGAUCAACUUGGUAUUGACUCUGCGACGCCAUCAAAUCCGCCACCGCAUCCUUCAUUCGAGAAUCGAGAAACCCUACUCCGCAGACUUCCACCCAAAGGCCAAAACCCAGCUUCCACCCUAAUCCGCCACGCCAUCAAAUCUGCUUCCUUUCUCUUCUCCCUAAUCCGCAAACUUCCACCCAAAGGCCAAAACCCAGCUUCCACCCUAAUCCGCCACGCCAUCAAAUCUGCUUCCUUUCUCUUCUCCGCAGACUUCCACCCAAAGGCCAAAACCCAGCUUCAAGCUUGAAACUCCAUCUUCUCCGCAGACGGCAUUCAUAGCUCCGGCUGCCGCCGGUUCUGGAAUGGUAGUGUUAUGUUUGGAAUGGUAGUUUUUUUGCUGUUUUGAAUUGUAGUGUUAUGUUGGAAUGGUAUUCUUUUUUGCUGUUUUCUUUCAUGCAUUGGUAGUUUUCUGCAUACAUGUGAAACCGUGCUUUUUGAUGUGAUUGGUACUGUUCUGUUCGAAUGGUAGUUUUUUAGUUUUUUUGAAUGGUAGUUUCCUUUCAUGCAUUGGUAGUUUUCUCCAUACAUGUGAAUCUGGUAGUUUGAUGUGGAUUGGUAGUCUUCAUUUGGAUUGGUAGUUUUAUUACUGUUUUGAAUUGUUGUGUCAUGUUGGAUUGGUAGUCUUCAUUUGGAUUGGUAGAUUUUUACUGUUUUCAUUCAUGCAUUGGUAGUUUUCUGCAUACAUGUGAAACCGUGCUUUUUGAUGUGGAUUGGUACUGUUCCGUUCGAAUGGUAGUUUUUUAGUUUUUUUGAAUGGUGGUUUCCUUUCAUGCAUUGGUAGUUUUCUCCAUACAUGUGAAUCUGGUGUUUGAUGUGGAUUGGUAGUCUUCAUUUGGAUUGGUAGUUUUUUCCCAUGCAACGGUUGUGAUGCUUGAUUAAUGUUAAACGACUUACCUCCUAUUUUCCCAAUUUUAGGAAUGGCAAGAACCAAGAACCCAGUCGUAGGGGCUCAAAACACAAGGAACCUGUUACCUACAGCAGUCGUCAAGUUAGGUAACAGAUUCAAGUUGGAAGUGGGCAAACCUCUGCCCUUGAUGAAGCUGUGCCGCAGAAGGAUAUGGGUAAAUCUAAACCACUUGGGAAGAAGUGCAGCCCCGCAUCGAUUAUAUCAAUUGUCGAGAAUGGUAUAACAAAUGCAAGGAUAGAACUAAUAAAGAAGCUCGGAUUGGAUUUUGUUUACAUCCAAACGAGUCUCGCCCCUCUUCCUCUUCUUAUUAGGUUCUGUGUCUACCACAACACCGACAUUCUUUGGAUCCAGCGUGCUCCUUGUUUUGAACCCUUCUUUGUUGCACCGUGCUCCAAAGUAAAACACCUUCCGUUCCUUAAGAUAUUUGGGUUUUCGAGUCUGUUCUCCAAUACGUCUUACUCCAAAACCCCUCCAGUGUGCGAAGUCUUUGUAGAACUUGACAAAUGCUUCCCUAUUUUCAAAUCUCAAAUGCUGCCAUGUCGAUUUGUCGGCCGGGACAACUUUAUACACCUGAUCUGCAAUUUGUAAAACAACAAUUAAUCACUACCAUUCCAAUAAAUCAUACUACAACUAACAAAGCACUACCAUUUGUUACAAAUAUGCCAAAAAAUAACUACCAUUGUAGUAGCUAAUACAAAAGUCAGAACCAAUACCAAUCCAAUCAAACGAAUACCAAUGCGAUACGAACUACCAAUAACAAUCCAACCUAUACCAAUGUAAGGACUACCAUUAUUCCUAAACAAGUACGUAACAAUACCAAUCCGAAACAUGUAUGCAGAAAACUACCACUGCAUCAAAGGACUACCACUGCAUCAAAGGACUACCACUGCAUGGAAUGGGGCGGAGGAGGACUUUGGUGAUGUGGAGGCGGCGGCAGAGGGGAUUGCGGCGAGUGGUAGCUGGGUGUUGGCGGCGGCGACAUUGUUGGUGCUGGCGGCGGGAGCUCACAUCCGGGCUUCGAUGGUGGAGGAGGCGGUGGCGGUGGCGGUGGAGUUGUGCAUGGAACUCGGCGGUCGCCAUUGAUGCAACGUCGGCGAUGAUGCAACGCCGGCAAAAAAAGGUGGACUUCGAAGUGUACACGGCGGCAGAAUUAGGGCCGGCCAAAAAACGUGGCAUUCGAAAAGCCCUACGCUGAUUAAACUACCUAAUAAUUAAUUACCGUAAUUAUCUCUUCCUAAUUAAUUGUGUAAUUAAAAUGGUAGUUUGAAUUAGGAUGAAAGCAAAAUACCCUUCUUAUCCCUAGUAACCACCAUGGUUACUAACACGAAGUAUCCACCAUAACCUGUCCCCGGUUGUAGUUCUCACUGUAAUGAUAUGCAAGGUUGUUUUACUUCUUAUAAUGAUAUUCCUUGUUGUCAUAAAGAUAAUUAUCGUUUUAUUUCGGUUACGAAAACAUUGUAAUUUCUUAUUCUUUUAUCAUUGUUUUCUCAUAACGGUUACAGUGUUACCAUUUGAAUUCAUUACUUGCCCGGAAUAAUAACUACAUAGCUGGUUAUUGAUUUUCAAUUACAGCUUAAUUAUUAAUAACCGGGUGUGCUUUUGGGAAGUAUGCAACUGCGGGCUUGUUGUAUUAGUCCAUGAAUUAUUGGUGCCAUAAGUUUGAAAUAGUGUUCCAUGUAUAUUCUCUAUAAAAAGAAUUAUUGGCAUGAACUGUUCUGUAAUAUAACCGAGUUUUUUUUUUUUUUUGUUUCAGUAAUAAUUAUUGCUAACAAUCGGUUAUAAAACUUAUGGAUUAAAGCAAUAUUUUUUUAUGGGUUCGCAAAUAAGAGUUGCAACAUGAAUUUAUGGGUUCACUAAUAAUUUUGGCUAAGAUCUUAUGACUAGCCGUUAAGUUAUUUAUUUAUUAAUUUAUUUAUUUGUGUUCUCCGCUACGUAAUGGUCGUUGGAUCAUCAAAAUGCACUUUAUAGUUACUUUGUUCAUUUAAUGCCUCGUAAUUUGUUGGUAAACAAGACAAGUUUAUGAGGAAUAUAAGCCUCAUUUCAGUAAACCAAAUUUUGGGGUCGUUGGACAAUUUUUUUUUUAUAAAUCCCUAUAUGGUAAAGGGUUACAUUUUAGCGCGUGCAAAUUAUGUAUUCAUUGGCCCAAAGGUAGGCGAAUAUUUAAGGUUCCAUAUGUGCGCAUAGAGUAAUAAAUAUGUGAUGAUUAUUCGGUUAGCAUGUGAAUUUUAAAUCGGCCCAAAGGUGGAUUUACUAUUUCAUAUGUUCUUAUCAUCAAUAUUUAAUUAUUGUGUCAUAAGACAUAACUUACAAGUUAAUAUUUUGUCCAAAGACAAAUAUUAAUGGAGUGCAUUGUGUCUUGAGAUGGAGUAAACCUUUAUUUAAAAUUUUUAUUUGUAAUUCUCUCUUAAGGAUAAUUAAUCACUUAUUUGGAAUUCUGUGAUUAUGAGAGAAUUGUCAUGUAUUUUAAUUAAAUUAAUUUUAGCAGUAUGUUGCCAAAGUAACCUCUACUUGCGAAAAAUUAUUUAACUUAGAUUAUAUAGAUGUACGUGUAAUGUUAUUUUAUGUGGGUAGUGCUCGACCCAAAGGACGACAUUAUUCGACCAAAAUAAUCAAGCACAUUAAUGGUGAAUACGUGGUAAUUAUAAAGUUGUUGUUCAUGUGAAUAACAGUCGGUCCAAAGAUAGACUGUUGUUUGACAGAACUUAUUAUCAGUAUUUGAUCAUUGUUUUUAAGAGUACCGCUCGCAGUUAAUUUCUCUGUCCAAAGACUAAGAAUUAAUGUUGCAUUUGGUAUCUUAUGAUGGGUCCCCGAAAUUGAAUAAUUUUAUUAUCUUGUUUAAUUACAUGGCUUGAUGUGUGUUUUCUUUUAUCUCAAUAUAGUUUUCGUGCUUUGGUUUAAAUAUUUCUGUCGAAAUUAAAGUUAACUCUUCUGUUAAAUGGGAUGAACCUAAAGAGUUUAAAGUAAAUUCAAGAAAAUUAUUCUCGAUAUAUAGACAUUGAUCAUGCGCUUUUAUGUGGAACAAUCCCUAUUCUACUUCAGAAAGUCUCAAUGAGAUUUAAUAAUAGCGAAUAGAGAUA